AUGAUCGUGUGCGACUUCACCGGUGCACCGUUCGCAGGUCCCUACUGCAGCUUCGUAGGCGUAACAAUUAUCAAUGCGGUCGGUUCCGUCGCACAGAGUAAUGGCGCUGUGACCGGGAGGGAGAGGAUCUCGGGGAAGCAGAUUCUGGCUUCGUCAACGGUCGCGAGGGAUCGAGCUCGGACGACGAAGCAGGCAAGCGCGUUGACAGUGAACGUAUUCAAGGAAAGAGCAAGGCUGAUGAGCGGAAGGAGUUUCAUGCUUCAGCCUUCGCCGGAUUCUUCUUACCCGCGCACAGGUGUUCCGCUUUGCGGCGACUGGCGACGAUGGCGAGGUGGCGGGGAGACCUAUGCGAUAACGUUAACGUGGUUUCGUGCGCGCCAUGGAGGUUUUGUUUCAAACCGGUUGCGUCACCAUUCCAAACUCUAUCAGUUGAUCUGCCUUGAACUCCUUGAUGGUCAUAUCCACCCUCAACCCGCGUUUCACAUCUCGUCCUUCCUGAUCGUCACCCGCUUAUUCUAA